CCUUCGUGUCAAUUUUUUGCUGAAUAUUUUGGGUUGGUCGUCGUCGUUGGUUAAUUUCUGAUCGUUUAAAAAACAUAAAAAGAAUGAGGACGAGCUAAUUGGAGGAAAAAUUUUUAGACAAAAUUGACAUAUUAUAAAAGUGCAUUGAAACAAAAUAUACAAGAAAUACCGAGGCCAAACCGAGCAAGGAGAUGAGGAUAUAAAAUUUUGGAAAUAUUUAGUAGCAAGUUCAAACUGUUAAGUAGGUAAAUGUGAUAUUUCCAGGAAUAUACUACCAUACUAUCAUCGUGUCACCUGCAGUUAGAUGCAAGAAUAAAAGUAAUUUGAUAAAGCAAGCGUUACCACCUAUAACGGUCCAGUGAAUAGAGGCUGUUUCUAUAAAAAUAUAUACACCGAUGAAUACCCUUUCCACCAGUGGAGCCGCAACUACUGCCACACCCUCUUCAGAUGAGGCUGGAGGUGGUGGUGGAGAUGCUGAUGCGAGUUCGCGGCGCCAAGCCACAAGAGUAUUUAAAAAGAGUUCAUCCAAUGGUAAGGUCACAGUGUACCUAGGAAAGCGCGAUUUUGUGGAUCACGUUACACAUGUGGAUCCAAUCGAUGGUGUAGUUUUUAUAGAUCCGGAGUAUGUUAAAGACCGCAAAGUUUUUGGACAAGUUCUUGCCGCGUUUCGGUAUGGUCGAGAAGAUUUGGAUGUACUCGGCCUAACCUUUCGCAAAGAUUUGUAUUUAGCGCAUGAACAAAUAUAUCCGCAGCAACAAAAUGAGCGUCCAUUAACUAGAUUACAAGAGCGGCUUAUAAAAAAAUUGGGACCAAAUGCAUAUCCUUUUUACUUUGAAGUUCCUCCGUAUUGUCCGGCAUCAGUGUCGCUCCAACCAGCUCCUGGGGACACGGGCAAAUCUUGUGGCGUGGACUAUGAGCUUAAAGCCUUUGUUGGCGAACACAUCGAUGAUAAACCGCAUAAGCGCAACUCUGUCCGAUUGACCAUACGAAAGGUUAUGUACGCACCGUCCAAGGUAGGCGAGCAGCCAUCCAUCGAAGUGAGCAAAGAGUUUUUGUUGAAACCGAAUAAAAUCCACCUAGAAGCCAGUUUGGACAAGGAGUUAUAUCAUCAUGGUGAAAAAAUUUCCGUCAAUGUGCAUAUAGCCAACAAUUCGAAUCGCAACGUAAAGAAGAUUAAAGUUUGUGUGCGUCAAUUCGCCGACAUUUGCCUUUUUUCGACGGCGCAGUAUAAGUCGGUGGUGGCGGAAACCGAAUCAGAGGAUGGUUGUCAGGUGCUGCCCGGUUUUACACUCUCAAAAGUGUUUGAACUGUGUCCACUGCUUGCCGACAACAAGGACAAGUGGGGACUCGCGCUCGACGGCCAGUUGAAGCACGAGGAUACAAAUUUGGCGUCCAGUACGCUCAUAACGAAUCCGGCACAACGCGAAAGUCUUGGUAUCAUUGUACACUACAAGGUGAAAGUUAAACUGCUCAUCAGUGGGGCGUUACUGGGCAAUGAUUUGGUAGCUGAAUUGCCAUUUACAUUGAUGCAUCCAAAACCAGAAGAGGAAGAUAAUCCACUAUUAAUGGAUAAGUCGCCACGUCAAAGCAUACGUGAUGGUGCAUUAUCGUUGGAAUGUGGUAAUGGUGGCAAUGGCGUGGACGAAGCGCAACAAGCCGAGGUGCCCACAACCAAUUUGAUACAAUUAGACGAAGAUGAUUCACAAGACGAUGACAUUAUCUUUGAAGAUUUCGCACGCCUCCGGCUAAAGGGCGCCGAAACUGAGGCCUAGAUAAACGACAACGCGUCGUGGCGCUGCGUUGAGCCGACAUUGAUCAUUUAGAAUGCUUAAAAGUAUCAUAUGAAUUGGAUUGGUAUACGCAAAAUGACCCUUAUGUAUAUGUGUAGGAAAGUGCGUAAUUAUGUUUGCAUUUUACAAAUUUAUAUCCUUAUAAUUGCCAAGUUCUUUAUUUUUGUCUUUUUUAAUUUUCUAUUUACAUACAUAUAUACGAGCGUUUGCCAAGUAGAAAUUAUUUUGUAAAGUUGUGGAAUUAAAUUGAAUACUUCUUAGUAACUAAGUUAUGUAUCGUAAGUUGAAAGAGUAAUAAUUGUGCAAAAUGGAUGUUUAACAUCCACAGUUCAAGCGUUCAUUGAAUGAUAAUGGUUGCUAAAUUGUUACUACUGCUGAUACUGAACUAAGGCAUUGGUAAUUUUUGGUUAAUUGAGGUUAGGAGUUGUGUAGGAAACUAACGAAAAUCGAAACUGUCAUCGCGCAAAAUGAGAAAACAUGCAUUUUAAAUGUAUUUACUACUCUUUAACUUUUUUAUAAUUUUAUGAAGUUUUAUUUUAGAACUAUUACGUACAUACAAAUAUGCAUAAACUUACGAUCAUAUUCAAGUUUAUUUUUUAUAUGAGCUACAAGGUUUGCAAUUUUAUAAAAGAACUCUUUUUUUUAUCGGCUUUUAAAUAUAUUUAUUUAUGUUGAUAUCAAAGGUAGUACAUAUUGAUGUUGUUGAUGUAUGCCACAGCAACAAUAUAAGCUUUAAUUGUAAAAAAAAUAAUAAUAAUUGUAUACCUGUUGAAGGAUUAAGCGAGAAAUGGAGAAAAUUAAAGAGUUAAAUCGAAAGAAACAUGCUGCAUUUUAACAUACACAUACAUACAUACAAGCACAGUUAUGAGAAACGAAAAAAAGUAUUUAUAUUACAUAUACAUAUGUAGCUGGAAAGUUGACGCUAAUCUAAAUGUAUUUUUUUUCAAAAUUGUAAAAUAAAUAUUUGAUUUUUAUGUCACAAGGCAUUGCACACACAAAAUACACACAUUCCUGUAGUUUCUAAUUUUCAUUUUAUUCGCUAAGCAUUCGCCAUUUAUGGAACUAUUAACAGCCGAACACGUUUUAAAGCAUAUUGUGCAAUAAUGAAUUGUUAGCCCGAAUUCCUGCGAAAGGAUGCAGUUUGUUGGCUACCUCCGCAUAAGGCGGUUUAUUUCAGAAAGUAAAAAGUUAAAAUUGAAAUCACUAAAUACGCUGCACAUUUCAUUUUAUUUGGUUAGAAAGCGUUUAUUAUCGAACAGUUGAGCUUAAAAAUAUUCGUUACUUGCCAUUGUGUAUUUGGUACUGAUAAAUAUUGUCAAUUGUUAUGUAUUAUUACAUAAAAUUUUUGUUUUCUCACUUUCCUAAAAAUGUUUACCUAAAUUAGCAAUGUUAGUAAGCUAAAGGCUCGGGUUAAGAUCAGGCUUUGGGUAUUUUUUGGUUUUAAAAAGAUAAUUUGUUGCUGUUGAAAAGCUGAAAUAAAAUUAUGUCGUAACUAGAUUUGGGGAAAAAUAUAAGUAAUUCUACUUUGGAAAUAUAUUCACAAUUUAUAUUUACUAUUUUACAUUUUUUACAAUUUUCUUUUUUAUUAUUUUAAAAUUUUCUUACAAAAUCUUUAUUAGCUGCUGUGUAUGCACUUUUAGUUUGACAUUUUUUACAAAAAGUGAUCUUUCAAAUAACUCAAUUCAAUUAUGUCUCAAAAACAUAAAUUUCAAAAUUUUUAUUUUCUUUAUAAUUUUUAUAUAAAUAAAUAAAAAAUAUUGAAAUGACAGAUUGCAAGUUGUAAACGUAACAACUUCCAUACCCGCCGUUAGCACAUAAUAACGAUAAUAAUGGCUUAGACUCUGCUUGUUGUAUCAUUAACUAUUAGUAUACUUUCUAGCAGAGUUUAAGAUAAGAAUUUUUCCAAAUUAAAGUUUUUGAGUUAUUGUAUUUUUCAAGUAAAUAAGCGUUAUAUGUAUUUGUGUUAGCUAUGUGUGGAACUACAUAAGGUGUUUGAUUUAAUGUAGAUAAAUAAUUAUGUAUACUUCAUAAUAUGCAGACAAAUUGCCAAAUGAUUCCACAAACACUUGCUCAAAAUUGUAAAAAAUAUUUUAGGUUAUUUGUGUACAAUUAAUACAUGUUUAAUAAAUUUGUUGCUUGUUGCAGAAGGUGAAACAAAUAUUUAAGCAUAUGUUGCUCUAAAACAAAAAAACAAAAUAUUUCCUUUUUUAAAAACGCUGUAAUAAUUGUUAUGACUUUGGUAUUGGAAACGAGUUCUACACAAGAUAUAUUUACAUAUGUACAUAAAUUUGUGUUUGUUCUAUUAAGUACCUUCAUAUGUUUUGUUAAUACUGGCAAGAUUUGUAUUAUAAAAUACGUUUUAAGCUUCGGUUGGCAGACAAUUUUGUAAAACAAGAAUUUUUGAAUUAUGUACUUUAGAAAAAAUCAUGCUCUGCAAGAUUCGCUUAUACAUUUAAACAUUUUCACAUGAAUUCGGCUCACAGCACAAACUUUGCGUCAGAAAACUGUUAAGCUUGUCUUAAAAUAUUUAAAAAAAAAUUCGUUUAGAAACGCAAUUUAGUUUUAAAUCACAAGAAAAGUAACAACAAUUCUACGACGGAAAUUAGUUUAUGCGAAAUUAAUGAAUUAAAAUGAAAAUACAAAAGCGAUUCUUAUUUUUUCUAAACAGAAAGUGACCAAAACUCGCUUAUAUCUGCUAGAAGCUAAUUUUUUGUGAAAAGUCCAAUCGAAUUGUUUAUCAAAUUAUUAUCUUAAAAUAAAUUAGCGGCUCUGUUACGAAUGAAACAACAAAGUAAGAAAGCAAAACUUACAAAAAUAUUGAAACAACUUUUUAAAUACUGAUUUUACAAUGGAAAAUAAUACCUACCGGCAACAACAGCUUUUUAGCCUUAAAAUUAAGCAAACAUAUACACAUACAUACAUACUAAAUAAAAAAAAAACAACAAAGCAGCACAUUCAUACAAACAUUCGGAAUGCAAUAGAGUGAUUUGCUUGCAAAAGUUAAACAAACCAAAAAAAGAACGUCGUCACAAAGCGGCUAAGUCGCACAUCCCCACGAGCGUGGCCAUGAAAUGAAUUUAAAGAAGGAACAAGUAACACAAUAUUGAAUAAUAAUAUAAAAUAAUGAUAUCAUAUAUUGUACUAAUAAAUGAAUUAUCUAUUGUAAUGUAAUAGCAAACGUCAAGUGUGUGUAGUUAGUAGCGCUAAUUAACGAAAUAUUAAGUAAAUGAAAUAUUGUAAUUGUUUUAAAGAAUUGUAAUACAAUGAAGUUUUAUAUACAUACAUAUAUAUACAUACAUAAAUGCAUAUAAAUGCAUUGAGAUUAUGAAGCGAUAUUCAUACACACACCCACAUAUAUAUAUAUAUAUAGUAUAUAUUGACUGCACACAUACCUUUUUACAUGCAUUGAAAGUACCAACUGUCUACACUGAUAUCUCUUAGUAGCUGCAACGUUCUCACAAAUCUCCCAAACAAAAAAAAUGUGCAAACAACUAAAGUCCUUUAAGUCAAUAGCUGUUUCUACAAAUAAACAUUCACACACACACACACAGAUACACACGUACAUACAUACAUUAAAACAAAAAACGAUCGAUAUGUAUAUGAAAAAAUUGAAAAAUAAAUAACCUAAGUACUGAAUACUAUAUUAGUACUCCAAAUGGUAUCGAUGUUUCAGUGAAAUCAUUAAUAAACUAAAGAAGUCGUGAAUACUAUAAAUAAGAAAAUAAAAUUCAUAAAUUAUUCAAAUA